AAAAACGUGGAUCAUACACGAACCCUUUUUUGGCUUAUUCCCGUGUUUAUAGGCUCAAUUAUUGAGAAAUAGAGCAAUAUAUAUGAUCAUCAAAGUAUGCAGAUGAGGCCAUCUGAGUCAUAACAUACACUGGAGUGCAGACUGACUGAACUACCAGACGGCGAAAAUGAAAUUGAAGUGCUCGUGUCAGUGUGGUGCCGUUCACUAUGAAUGUGAAUCGAAGCAUCCCAGUCCCUACCAGCUCUGUUACUGCUCGAUUUGUCGGAAGACAACGGGAGGAGGAGGCUGUUCGAUCAACAUUGAAGGCGAUGCGAGCUCGUUGACCGUGACAGGGGCUGAGAACAUCACCGUCUAUCAAGCAAAGCUUCCUGCAACUGAGGAUUCGCCCGCUAAGAUAAGUGAGAUGCGUCGGCGGUUUUGCAAGAUAUGUGGAUCAGCUCUGUGGUUUGACGAUCCCCGAUGGCCGGAGGUGAUCAAUCCGGUUGCUACCUCCGUCGAUACUGAGCUCCCUACACCUCCAGAGAAAACACACAUAAUGUUAGACUCAAAGGCUUCUUGGGAUCAGCCAAUUUUUGGCCCAGAUGACAAAAUGUUUCCAGGAUAUCCUGAGGAAAGUAUUGCCGAGUUUCAUCAGCGACUUGGGCUCGAGGCUUGAUUCAGGGAUGUCAGCCCAUUUUUGUGAGCAUGACCACUUACAGGGAGAGAGUCUUCGAUGUGGUACAGUUUUGAAGAAGGUUUCAGCCCGAUUUCAGGUUAAGAAAAUUCCAUGAACCAGUGUCUUGCCAAUAAGGUGAAAGAUGUAGGUUUCUAUCUCAGAAACCACGACCGUAUUUUUGGUUUCGACCUCAGAAACCAAAGAAUCUUAAUUUCGGUAGACCCUAAGCAGCGAGAUUUGAACAGAUUACAUCGUUUUGAGAAAACUCAACCCUUAUCGUUAUCUGGUUGAACUGUAGCAGUGCUUGAAGUUUGAGAAAGUUUGAAUAAGCUGAUUCCCAGAGAAGUUACCACAGAAGUUUCACAGCUUAUUGUUAAGAUAAAUACUCAAUGGUCAUUGAUGCGUACCACAAUACAACAAGUCAAACGCAAA